AUGUCAACAGAACUGAGUUUUGUGCGUGGGCUCAUUGUAGGAUCGGGCUCGAGUACCGCCACACCCAUGCUGAGCUGCAUCACCGGCGCCUCACCCUGCAGCACCUGCACGGAGGCGCUUAAAGACCCACAACAUAGCAAAAAUCACCGUCUCAAUGUGUCAUUUCUGAUACAGCUGCGGCACCCAGCAGAUUAUUCCCUGCACAAUGUGCUUAUCGACUGCGGAAAAACAUUCCGCGAGUCGGCCAUGAAGGUGUUCCCUGCCGUCGGGGUGUCGGACCUCAGCGCGGUUCUUCUCACACAUGACCACGCGGAUGCCAUAUUCGGGAUUGAUGAAUUGCGGGAGUUCAACCGACCCGACAUCCCGCUUGACGUUUAUGCCGACGAACGGACCGAUUCAUCGAUACGCCGAGUGUAUCCGUAUCUAUUUCCAAAGGAUGGCUCCCCCGGGGUUGGCGAGUGGCGAAAGAAGAAGACAGGAUACGUUGCAUCUAUUUCCGGGCACGUAUUUAAACCACUGGAGAAACUUGUGCUGAAUAUUUGUUGCCGCACACCACCACCUUCUGGGGGCGACGAGCCCGCGAUGGGUUUUUGGUCUGUUGUGCCCAUUGCCGUCCCACACGGCGUGAAUUAUGAUGCAAAUGCGUUUCUUUUACCAAUGCAUACGUCUGGAAAUAAACCGCGACUUUUACUUUAUGUUUCUGACAUUAGCACAUUGGAGGAAAAGUUUUUUACCGACUUGGCUCGGGCGAAGGAGUUGUUAGGGGUUCCGGAUUCGGUACCCAUAGAAGUUCUCGUGCUGGACAUGUUGUCCCGCAAACCCUAUUUUUCCCACCUGAACGUUGAUGCUUCAAUUGCGGCAGCAUGCAAGAUUCAGGCGGGGAAAACGUAUUUUGUUGGCAUGUCACACUCGUUGAACCAUGACGAAUUGAAAAAAGAGCUGCAGGAGUUGGGAUUGAGCAAUCGGAUGUGGGUGGGCUUUGACGGCUGCGUUGUUUCCAUUGGUGACGCCGAUGAUGCCGAGUCUCCUCAGUUUUGA